AUGAAGGUUUCUGUCAUUACCACCCUGCUUGCUCAGGCUUUCGCCGUUAGUGCUUUGCAGAAGUACUGCAACGGUGGACAAGGUCUCGCCAGCGGAAACACCUGUGAAGGAAAGGGAGCAAACUCUUAUUGCUGCCUCAACGUACAAUCAUCAGCGUUCCCCACUUUCCGCGGAUCAUGCUUCUCCCCCCAGAGCAUUCGUGAUCGGGAGGAUGUCAACCAGGACUGCCCUGGAGGUUCUGUCUACUGCUGCGACUAA